UCUUCACUCUUGUUGUCAAAUGCUAAAAGUUCCUUCUGGUUCUGUUUAACUGGUAUUUAGAAGAUCCCUCAAUUUAGGGGACCCCAUGACUUAUAAUUCAAUUUGAAAUACUCCGGGAAAGUGCUCCAAGGCCUUUACCAGCAGGUAGUGCCUGUAGCCUUCGAUGUCAGAGCAAUACUGAAUUAAUAUUAGAUAAACAGUAUAAAAGGAAGCUUCAUCCUGUGCUGUCUGAGGUUGCAUUUAAGAGCUCAGCCUCUAGGAGCCGCUGCUAGAAUUUAAAUGUCCCUCCUUCAUAAUCAGUAAAGCCGUGCAGGCUCUGACAAGUGAGCCCUCGUCAUUUAUUUUUUAUUUUUUAUUUUUUGCAGAGGCCAUCCUCUACCCGCUUAAUGCGAGCGGCUCAGUAUCCUCCAUCUAUCCAUCCAGCCGGCCAUCCAACCAGCCCACAACCCGGAUCAUCCAGCAGCUCUUUUUGUUUGCUCACACACAGCUCUGCUUUAUAUCCGGCAUGUAACGGUUAUUUUACUAAUCGUUUGCUGUAAGACUUUCUCCCCGAUGGAUGACUAGUCCGAGCGGCCGGGGAUCCACCGCCCUGCAGGCUGCUGGGGAACACUGAGCACGCCGUCCGGGGUCAAAACGGUGGAAAUGGUCGGUGUUUCGGGCUCGGGAGGCUCCUUUGGCCGUGAUGCGAACGCGGACGAGGCGCGUCAACCUGUCGGGGAUGAUGGUCGGAUUAUCCUUGUUGCCUUUUGUUGAACGGUUGACAGCAGAGAGCAGGAAACAAGACUGAGAGGGGUAAAACCAUGGACCUGGACAGUGCUCCAUAACCUCUCUUGCCCCUCACCUCCCUCCUGAUCACCUUUUCUCCUCCUCCAUUUGUCCUUCUUCCCCUUCCUUUUCUCUACUACCUGUUCACGAUGACAACCACACUGGAGACGAUGCUGGCACAGCCUGACCUGGAGCUGGGCCCUGAUCGGAUGGACGGCUGCGAGGCCGCUCGUGGGCAUUACAAAGUGGUUCCCUCCGUUGUCUGCUCGAUGUGUUGUCUCUUUGGCAUCAUUUACUGUUUCUUUGGAUAUCGCUGCUUCAAGGCGGUUAUGUUCCUUACGGGCCUGAUGUUCGGCUCCGUCGUUAUCUUUAUGCUCUGCUACAAGGAGCGCGUGCUGGACACCCAGCUGAGCGUGGAGGCCUCAGUGGGCAUUGGCCUGGGCAUCGGGACGCUCUGCGGCCUGGUCACCAUGCUGGUUCGGAGCGUGGGCCUCUUCAUGGUGGGCCUGCUGCUUGGCCUGCUGGUGGCCGUGGCUACCCUGGUCGGCAUGGAGGAGCUUUCUGACAGCCCGCCGCGCUCUGUCUGGGUGCCCCUGGGCGUGCUGCUUGGCCUGGGCAUGCUGUUUGCUGUGCUCACCCUGCAGUGGCAGCGUCUCUUUACAACGCUGUCUACAGCGGUGUUCGGGGCAGCCGUCAUCACGGUGGCUUUGGACUACUUCGUGGAGCUCUUUGCCCUUGUGCUGUACAUGUAUGAACGGAUUAAAGCAGAGUCUGGAAAGCCUGUGUGCUGGAUGACAUGGGUGGUCCUCGGGGUGUGGCCUGCCCUCACCCUGCUGGGUGUCGUGGUCCAGUGGAAGGUGACUGCUGAAGGAUACUCCCAUACCAAGGUAAUCAUCAGCCGCCAGCAGCGGAGGAUGCAGGUAAUGCGCAUUCGCCAGCGGGAUGACCGCUACCGCAACAAGAAGAAGAAGAAGCAGCAACAUGGCUCCUCUUCACACCAUCAACACCAAUCCAAACAACUGCACACGGAGCCCGCCUACCGCCGCAAACCCAACCCUAUCCGCCGCUACGAUACUGACGUCCUCUCUCCUAGCUACAUCCAGAGUUUUAGAGAUCGCCAGGUACAGGCACAGCCCUUUCCAGGCCGGCUAGUCGGGGGCUCCCAUGCCGUAGUGGAGAUGGGCUAUGACUGUGGAUCCACAACGCCACUCACUGGAGCAGCAGGACCUUCGCUACGGGUCUAACCACUCCAGAACCUCCCAGAUGCCUGAACAUACCACUUACCCAGAGAGAUGUACGUCUCUAUAAUCACACCUGUGCUAGAACAAACCAUUACACACCUAAGAGGAUGGAAAAAAUAUAUAGGGCUGGAUUUACCUGAAAUGCAAACACAUUUGACUGUUUCCCUAAAUAAAUUUUGGAUUAUAAACCUCUUGCUGGAGCCACCAGCGUGGUGCCGAGGUUAGCUGACCUCUUUUCAUCGUCCAAACGCACAAAUGCAUGCAUGUACUUAACAUCACAAAAACCGCAGCUACAAUUUUAAAGAUUGAUGUGGAAGCCCAAAACAACCUGCUGGACCCAUCCCCAACCUGUCUGCCACCAUCUCAACUCAAACCAGGGAUUGGAGCUUCAGUGCAAACCCUCCUCAGGUUCUAACAAAAAUAAUGAAGAUUCGUUGUUAAUAGUUUCUACCACUGAUGUUACAGAAGCAAGUGGAAGUUGAAUUAAAGGUCCAGUCAACAUUGUCUUUAAAGGGAGGUAAUGACCCUUCACAGCAAACUGAGAUCCUCUAUUUGCUCUCUGUGCCAUCCAGACUACAUACAUCCUCUUUGAAAUGAGGAAAGAUUUCAUAACUGUCACAUAUAAAGAGGGGAAAACCCUUUGCCACCCUUGGUGCUGGACGACACACUACUUCAAGCGGCCAACUGCUCUGAAGGCCAGGGAAUCUGUUUAAACGGGUGCCUUGCCCCUCCUUGGACUGUAAAGUUCAGCAUCAGGAGAGCGGUUACUGGCAGAUAUCCCACCAGUGGCUUCUUCUUGCAUUAAAAGUGAAAAAAAAAAAAUUCAGUGAGGGGUGGUAGCCAGGGAGCUACAAAAAGCAGGGUUAAAAGACUUUUUAGAGAUGAGCUUGUUGUUUUCACAGACGUGUGGAUAAAUGAGGUUUUAUUUACACUGGCACCUCAAAAGAUCUGAUUUUGCGGAUUCUCAGUGCUGGAAAAUAUAAAUCUUGCUCAUUUUGUGUCCUGAACUUAUUCUCUAAGAGAUCAGUUUCACGUGCAAAACGGAUUUUCACUCUACCAUUUACCUUUGUGUAGAACCUGGCAGAGGAUGGUCAAUGACAGAAUAGCUGAAUUUUUUUGUUAUGCCAUGAAAGUGAAUAUAAAUUUAAUUUCAUUUGUUAGACAGCUCAUUUACCAUAAUUGAAACAGGAUCAAGAAAGCUAAUGUUAUCAGAUAAAAUAAUUAUUUAUUUUUAUUUAAUAGCUGUAUGAUAAUAGAGGUAACAUAACUGAAGAGUGGCAGAAAUUAGUGCCAAUGUUACAUUUUUAGUUUCUUAAAUAUGAUUAAUUUAAAAAGAAUUAGUUUAUUCCAGUUGUCGUAGCUGUAGUCAUUAUUUACUGAUACAAUAGUGUUAAGAAAGUGAAAGCUUGAUUACAAAUAACGACACUAAUAAAAACAUGGCGGGAAUUGUCAUUGAUGUUAGCAUGAUAGGCUAACUAAUGUCAACUUUUUAAGUAAAAACUAGUUAGCCUGCUUUACUAUGGAAGCAAAUUAGCCUAGCUUGCUAGUAUUGACUUUUUGAUUCAAAUAACAGUUUAUCUGCCCUGUAACCAACUUUUGAAAAGAUAACAGAUAAAGAUUUAAUAAGUAAAUUUGAGGGUUUUUGUUUUGUUUUCUAGUGUUCCUUUAACAUUUACAUAAUAUUUCAGGGUUAUUAUAUGUUUGUUUGUUUUUUUAAUUUAACCUAAUUUAACCUGAGCUGUGUAGGUAGGUUUGAUUCAUGUAAGAAACUGAUUGAGAGAUUGUUUCAGGUAUUUGUUAUUUUCCAGUAUAAUAAAUUAAAAUGUUUUCUCAGUGAUGGUUUAGGUAUCUGUCAAACUAAAUCUCAGAAAUGUGCCUGUUUGCACCUUAGACAGACCCAGCUGAGGUGCUAGUGUAAACAAAGCUCACAGGUCUGAGUGACAAAAUGGACUAAUGGCCAUAGAAACUUGUAUUUAGAGCAACUCUUUCCAUCAUGUGCAUUGACCUUCUUUAUUUGGGACAACAUAACAUUUUUGUCACCAGUGAAAAUGUGAAUACUUUGUUAUUGUUGCUGCCUUUUUAAAGGAAAAGCAGACACAUGACUGCGGAGGGGGGGUGUUUCUAUUUCUCACCUGACAUGCAUGAUCUCACCCCUCCGUCCACCCAAUCCUGUGUGGCACUGAACACCCUGCACCCUUUCAUGUACAUCGAUGUGAAAUUUGUACAUAAAAAAACACAACAAUUACUACCUUUUUUGGGUGGGAGUUGGAUUUUUUUUCCUUUUUUUACCAUUUGAUUGUUAUAUUUAAACACUUUCUUUUCUUAAAAGUCACAUUUAGUGGUUUCUUUCGAGUGGGAUGUAUUUAUUUGUUUUAUUUAUUUUCUGUAAGGAGAGUGCAAUCAUCACUGUAGGCCAGUAACUCCAUGCUUUUAUUAAACUGAAUUAUGACUAUGAUCAUUAAAGCAUGUGUUCCAAUGGGCCUGUGUACAAUAAAAUGUAAAAUGAGUGGUCUUUUAAAGCAAUGCCAUGUAGGCACGAAACAUAGUCUAUUGUUGGCUCCCUCAUUUCUUUCUUUUGGCCCUUUUCCUUAACAUCUCAUAUAUCGCUCUUCUGAUCUUUAACUUUAUCUCCAGACACCUUUUAAUCUUCUCCUCCUCAUCAUCUGUACAUUUUAGUACAGAUACGCAUACACAUACAAUUUAGCUCAUCCUUUAUAUUUAAAUUAUUAUUAUUAUUUUUUAAAUGUGACGCUACUUUGAGUGAUAACUGCUGGUGACACAAAAUAACCAGGUCCUGACUCACCAAUAAGAAAAAUAGAUACAGUUGAUCGACAUAUGACAGGGUGGCAAAUACGUUAAAGAGUUACCUAGGCAACUGGAGCCUAAGAUAUGAGUGAAUUGCUCACUGUGUGGAUGCUCCUUUACAGACUGUUGAGCAGCCUGAACGGGCACACU